AUGCAUCCGCUCGGUCACGGCAACGACAGGAGGGGUUGGGUGACGGGGAGAGGGGUGGAAGGGCGGGGGAUUCUCGCGACAAAGGGCGCAGCGGGGGGGGGAGCGUCGAGCCGCAAGAGGGAAGUGGAGAUGGACCGGACCGAACGGAGGGUAAGGAGAGCAGCAGAGGAGGUAAAGGCGGUCAAGGUGGUGCACAGGGUGCAGGGGGGGGGCGUGGAGGAACGGACGGCGGCUAAGGCGGCCAAGGACGGCCUUUCGUCGGGCGGUCUCGCAGAGAAUAGUGAGGACGCGAAGCUGCAGACCCGGCUCCUACGCAGGAAAGCUCACGGGUUAAAAAAACUGGCUGCGACUCGGGAGGCACGGGGGGACUUUGGAAUAGGUGUGGGUACUCGCCUUUACACGGGAUCAUGGGCCGUUCGCCCCGAU